ACACAAAAGGACGAAAACAAUGAAGCAAACUUUCGAUCUUCCCUCCCAUUUUGGUUCUCUUCCACCGAACCCUAGCCUAGCCCAUCUACCGGCGAUCUCACUUCACAUUGGUGUGCGUGAAUGCGGAAGCCACCGGCGGUGAGAGGGAAAUUAGCCGGCGGUCAUUAUCGUAGCCCAAGCCCUACCCUGUUACCAAAUCAUCGGCGAACAACACCAACCGACAUCUGGCAGCGAAGACUCAACUAGCGACCAACGAUAAGCUCCUCCUACUGUUCUUCCUUUUCGGCUUCUUCCCUGCAAGCUCCUCUUCCCCCUCUGUAUUCCAUGUUACAUAUUUACUUGUUAAUUGUUGCGGGUGUGUGGAACGUGGUUUUGUGACUGAGGAAGUCAAGUGAAGAACCCCAUCACCAAGUGCUUACUUCGGCAUCGCAGAUACACAUGAAUCCCGACUCGCAACAGCAUUUUGUGUACGGAAGAAGCGACCAAGAACCGUCUCCAGCAUUGACGGCGAAGUCACCUCAAGAGGAUGAGUCAUCGGUAGUCACCCUUCUAGUAAGGCACCUCCCGGAGGCCAUCCCUCCCGAUACCCUUUCUCGCCUUUUCUCACAUUAUGGGGCCUUCUCUGUCCGCCCCUGCGCCGGUGGAAGAUUGAGGAACUGUGCAUUUGUUGAUUUCAAGGAUGAAGCUUUAGCUUCUCAAGCACAAUCACAGCUAAACAGGUUGAGGUUUCUUGGGAAAGUAUUAUCAGUGGAAAAAGCAAAUAAGCCAACAUUAAAUAACAAAGGUCAACAAAAUGAUGUACAAUUGGGAAAAGAGUUCAGUACUCCACCCACAUUCCUGAAGAAGGAUGUUCCCUUACCUGGAAAUUUUACCAAUGGAUCAGAUCCAUGUUCUCUAUCUGCAGGCGAACCCAUUGCUCCAAGACUUGGUGUAGACUACCCAUUUCCCCCUCAUAUUGAGUAUGCAUACCCACCUCCAGAUGGAAAUAUACUGACUAACAUUGUGAAUGCUCUUAUUGCUGUUCCUCGUUUUUAUACACAGGUAUUGCACUUGAUGAACAAAAUGAAUAUUCCAGCUCCAUUCCGUGUGGCAUUGCCAACUCCACCCCUACCACCUUCAGCACCUGCUCCACCACCUCCGCCGCUGCCACCUCCUGUAGCUGCAAAACCACACUUGGCAGAUCUAUCCAGUGAUGAGUCUGAAUUGGAAUCUUCAGAUGAGGCAUUUCUUAUUUUGCUUUGCUUAUUUUAUUGCUCCUCUAAUGAAAAAGUUUAUGCUUGUUCGUAUUGCACUCAAAAAGUUAAUGUCAUGGAUAGAACUUGUAGCAGUACUUAGUAUACAUUGUAAUAU